GCGUCCAUCCGGGGGCUUAAGUACAGUGCAAAUUGCGCAGUGUGUUUAACAGAGUUCGGGGACGAUGAUCGGCUUCGAUUGUUGCCAAAAUGCAAGCACGCGUUCCACUUGGAAUGCAUUGAUACGUGGCUGUUGUCGAACUCCACUUGCCCGCUGUGCCGUCGCAGCUGGCUACCCGACCCGCACGUCCAUGGUGGCCACGCUUCCAGUUCCCACCAUGACCAGCUGGAGAUGGCCUUCGCCUCUGACAUGAUGCUUUCCAACAGGUGCUUCUGCUCUGACCCGCUGCGAAUCUCCCCGGAAGAGCGGCUCGUGCGCGAAUCUCGCCGCAUUAGCAGCCUCCACAGGAGCAUCCACAGCAGCAGCUACCAGAACAGCUUCCGUAUCUGCGACGUGGAUAACAGCGAAGAGUCCGAAAGCGGAAUCCAGGAGAUGCAAGAGACACACGAGUUCCGUCCCCAGGUCGAGACCCCGAGUCCGUUUGCCCCUAGCAUCCGCGUCAUGGAUGAGCACGGUAAGCAGCGAGUGCUCAAGGUGGAGCUCGGUAAAGUAGGGGGCCGCAAAGUGAAGACAAAACGGGACUCUCGAAAGCUCCCUCCCAAAGGUGGCCGGUGAUACUCCAUGGGCAGCUACGAGUACAUCGUGGAUCCCUCCAACUGGGAGCUUAGUCUCACGCCCACGCCGUGUCCCGGUAGACCCCAAGUCUGGGCAACUUCGAAACCCACGCACCGAAGUGCCCUCUCUGACAGCAUUCCCGAGGUCGCAAGUGCCGGCGCCACGCCCGCCAAUGACGAGCUCUACUGGGCGAGUCGCGGGCUUUACACCCCACAUUAUCUCACGUUCGGCAGCUUCUAACCCCAAUUGGGUCGGAGCAUUUCAACGCCGGAUUGUCCCCGGCAGCUUUCCUGGAUUUUUCCUACUCGCCAAGGUAGGGCGAUCGGUGGAUCGACAUCGACAUUGAACGAGGGGAGAUCGUCGAAGGCGACGGGUCGGAAGUGUCCUCGGACCCGGAUGAAGUUGGAUUGAAGAUAAGAUUCUCUAACGCGUCGUCGUUUUCUUCGUCGAUUAUGCGCGAGGAGGUCGUCGAUAAGGAUAUGGAUUUCAAGCAACGAUCGUCCUUGCUAAGCUGAUUGACCGAAGGAAAGGUCAGGGUGAGCUGGUUCAGGCGGUCUUUGACCGAGACGUCGGUGGGCAUUGAGCAAGCUGUCUAGGCCCUUGCGAAACCGAAUCUUCUCUGGGGCGUUUAAUUGUCUGGAACACGAAGUGUUAGGAGCUCCGCCACGAAUCAUCAGAUUGUAAAGUCAGGAUCGUUCUCGCGGAGAUUCUCGCAGAAUUGGUUGAUGGGGAGGUAUAAGAGGGUGGUUUUCUCCGCAGCGUCGCCGUCUACAGUGCCGGAACUUGAUCAGAUAACGCGGUCGAUCAUCAUCUAAAAGCUCUCUCUCUUGUCGGUAAAACUCAAUUCAAUGGCUGUUAUUUAUUUAUGCAUUUUUUGCAGUAAUCUGCUGGGAUUUGUCUCCUCUCGUGCAUGUGACAUAAUUUGGGCUAGAUUUGGUAUGCGCUCUCGAUUCCGCGAGGGGUUUUCAACGAGGGGGUUCUGACCUGAUGAGGAUAAUGUCUGUUGAGGAGGUUGAGUUCGAAAACGAAACUCGAUAGAAUCCAACUAUGAGCUCUAAUAUAUUAGAGCUUCGUUGAGUUGCGCAGCACACGUUGGUCGACCAUCAACUGCUGAACUAUUCUUGUCAAAAAGUAAUUUUGAUUAUUAAAUGUGAGUUGGGGUAGAAACUUUGGAAGUUGUGGGUAUAAAUGUAUCACAAUAUAUAUUAUAUAUAGGGGAAUGUUAAAUAGACCUAAGUUUUUACCAAAUUGAUCCACCCAGCAUGAAAAAAAUAAUGAUUUUUGGGUUUAUUUCUCUACCAUUGGA